UGGAUGACGUCACCGGUGACCUUUGAACCCGGAUGAUAAAGGCAGGAAUAAAACCCAACCCCAAUGAUUGGAGAAACAGGAGAAGGAAGAGCCAGAAAAAGAUGGGCAAGAAGUGCAGCACCUUGGAGGUCACCCUCAUGGUCCUCUUCUGCCUGGUGGUGGCGGCUGCUUGUGUCCUCAUCGGCAUCUUGGCCACCAGGGAGCCCACCCCCCCGGCCAGCGACUUCUCCCCGACCUGCCCCUCCAUCCCCAUCGCCAAACGCAUCGACUGCAUCCCCGACCAGGUGGCCACCAAGCGUCUCUGCGCGCGGCGCGGCUGCUGCUGGAGCCCGCGGAGCGAGGCGGGGCCGCCCUGGUGCUUCUUCUCCGCGGAGCACGGGUACCGGCUGCGCGGGCCGCGCAGCGACACGGCGCAGGGCUUCGAGGCCACCCUGACUCGCCGCCCCUCCCCCUCCCUCUUCGGCGAUGACGUCACAACGCUGCUGCUGACGGCGCAGCACCAGAGCCCCGCCCGCUUCCGGUUCAAGAUCACAGAUCCCAAGAAGCCCCGAUUCGAGGUCCCUCACGACCACGUGGGACCUUUCACGGGACCCGCGGCCUCCAACCUCAAGUACCAGGUGUCCAUCCAGGAAAACCCCUUCUCCAUCCAGGUGACCCGCGCCAGCACUGGGAAAGUCCUGUUUGACACCUCCAUCGGGCCCCUGAUCUACUCCAACCAGUUCCUGCAGGUCUCCAUCCAGCUGCCCAGCCCCAACAUCUACGGGGUGGGGGAGCACGUCCACAAGAGCUUCCGGCACGACCUGGACUGGAAGACCUGGCCCAUGUUCAGCCGGGACACGGCGCCCAGCGGGAACAUGGAGAACUUAUACGGGGUCCAGACCUUCUUCCUGUGCCUGGAGGACACCAGCGGGGCCUCCUUUGGGGUUUUCCUGAUGAACAGCAAUGCCAUGGAGUUCUCGGUCCAGCCGGCACCCGCCGUCACCUACCGCACCAUCGGGGGGAUCCUGGACUUCUACAUCUUCUUGGGAGACAGCCCAGAGGAGGUGGUGCAGGAGUACGUGCAGUUCAUUGGUCUGCCGGCUCUGCCCUCCUAUUGGUCGCUGGGAUUCCACCUCAGCCGCUAUGACUACGGGUCCCUGGAGGAGGUGAAGGUGGUUGUGGAGCGGAACCACGCCCUGGGGCUGCCCCACGACGUGCAGCACACGGACAUCGACUCCAUGGAGGGGCGCAAAGAUUUCACCUACGACCAAGUGAACUUCAAGGAGCUCCCCGAGUUCCAGAAGUUCCUCCACCAGCGGGGCCAGAAAUACGUGAUCAUCCUGGACGCUGCCAUCAGCACCCAGGCCCUGGUGGGGGGACCCUACGAGACCUACGAGCGGGGGCAGCGCCGGGGGGUCUGGGUAAAUGAAUCGGACGGGGUGACGCCCCUGAUCGGAGAGGUCUGGCCGGGCCAAACGGUCUUCCCAGAUUUCACCAACCCCGAGGGCUCUGAUUGGUGGGUGCAGGAAUGUCAGAGAUUCCACCAACAAGUUCCCUACGACGGGAUCUGGAUCGACAUGAACGAAGUCGCCAGUUUCGUAGCCGGCUCCAGUCGAGGCUGCAAACCCACCGACCUCAACUUCCCGCCCUUCACCCCACAUGUUGUUGACAGGCUCUUGUUCUCCAAGACGCUCUGUUUGGACGCAGUGCAGAAGUGGGGGAGACAAUAUGAUGUCCACAACCUCUAUGGAUACUCCAUGAUCCUCUCCACGCGACGGGCCCUGGACAGGGUGUUUCCCGGGAAACGCAGCUUCCUGUUGACCAGGUCGACCUUCGCGGGGUCGGGCAAAUAUGGCGGCCAUUGGCUGGGGGACAACACGGCCUCCUGGGACCAUCUGCGCUGGGCGAUCCCCGGGAUCCUGGAGUUCGGGCUCUUCGGGAUCCCUUACGUCGGCGCCGACAUCUGCGGCUUCUUUGAGGACACGACCGAGGAGCUUUGUCGGCGCUGGAUGCAGGUCGGGGCCUUCUACCCCUUCUCCAGGAACCACAACACUGAGAAAUGCAUCCCCCAGGACCCAGCAGCCUUUGGGGCGACCUCCUUGCUGGUCAACUCCUCCCGUCACUACCUGAACAUCCGCUACACCUUGCUGCCCCACCUCUACACCCUCUUCUUCAGGGCCCACACCCAAGGAACCACCGUGGCCCGGCCCCUGCUGCACGAGUUUUAUUCUGAUGAAGAGACCUGGGGUAUUGACAAGCAGUUCUUGUGGGGUUCUGGGCUCCUCAUCACCCCCGUGCUCGAACCGGGGGUUGAGGUUCUCCAGGCCUAUGUCCCCGACGCCGUCUGGUACGAUUACGAGUCGGGUGCCCGGCUGUGGUGGCGGAAGCAGUGGGUGACCCUGCACCUCCCAGGGGACAAGCUGGGGCUGCACCUGCGGGGGGGGCACAUCUUCCCCUUCCAGAGGCCCAGCACCACCACCAGCGCCAGUCGGAAGAACCCGCUGGGGCUGCUGGUGGCGCUGGACGACAACGCGGAGGCGGUUGGGGAGAUGUUCUGGGAUGAUGGAGAGUCCACGGGCACCGUGAGCAACAACUCCUACAUUUUCUACAACUUCAAGGUUUCCAAUAAUGUUCUCCAGAUGAAUGUCACCACCAACAGCUACGUGGAUCCAAACCACCUGAUGUUUGAGGAGAUCAAGAUCCUGGGCCUGGCCCAGCAGCCAGGGACUGUCACUGUGGUGGACGAGAAGAACGUGGUGACCUUGGUCCAGAACAUCAACUACAGCCCUGCCCAGAAGGUCGCUGUGAUCCAGGGGCUGAAGCUGGAGCUGGGCGUGUCCUACACCCUGAGCUGGACCCUGGUGACCAGCACCGAGGAGAAGUUCGACUGUCACCCCGACCUGGGGGCGUCUGAGGACACGUGUCGGCGCCGCGGCUGCGUCUGGGCCGCCACCUCCACCCCAGGUGUUCCCGCCUGCUACUACAACGGCCCUGACAACGGGUACUCGGUCGCUGACGUCACGUACACGUCAUCGGGCGUGGCCGCCAACCUGACCUUCAACAGCAGAAGCCCCAGAGCUGCAGGCAGCCUGAUGCCACCCAUCAGCACCCUGCGCCUGCAGGUGACCUAUCACAGCGACCACGCCCUGCAAGUGAAGAUCUAUGAUGGUGCCAACGCGCGGUAUGAGGUUCCGGUCCCGCUCAACCUCCCGCCCACCCCGGAAGCCACCGCCCAAUCCCGCCUCUAUGACGUCAUGAUCCAGGACAAACCCUUUGGGGUCCAGAUUCGCCGCAGGAGCAGCGGGACCAUCAUCUGGGACACGCAGCUCCCGACUUUCACCUUCAGUGACCAGUUCCUCCAGAUCUCCACCCGUUUGGCCUCUUCCCACGUCUACGGCUUCGGCGAGUCCGAACACCCCACGUUCCACCACGACCUCAACUGGCACACCUGGGGCAUGUUCACCAGGGACCAGCCUCCUGGGUACAAGCUCAACUCCUACGGGUUCCAACCCUUCUACAUGGGCCUGGAAGACGACGCCCAAGCCCACGGGGUCCUCCUGCUCAACAGCAACGCCAUGGAUGUCACCUUCCAACCCACCCCUGCCCUGACCUAUCGCACCACGGGAGGGAUCUUGGAUUUCUACCUGGUCCUGGGGCCCAGCCCAGAGAAUGUCGUGCAGGAAUAUACGGCGCUGGUGGGGCGACCAGUGAUGCCACCUUACUGGGCCCUGGGCUUCCAGUUGUGUCGUUAUGGAUAUGCAAAUGACUCAGAAGUCGCCCAAUUAGUGGAAGACAUGAAAGCUGCCAAGAUACCUUAUGAUGUGCAGUACACGGAUAUCGACUACAUGGAGCGCCAGUUGGACUUCACCCUCAACCCCAACUUCUCCGGCCUCCCUGCCCUGGUCAACAAGAUCAAAUCUGAAGGGAUGAGGUUCAUCCCCAUCCUGGAUCCGGCCAUUUCCGUCAACGAAAGCUCCUACUUGGCCUUCCAGAGGGGGCUGGAGAAGAAGGUCUUCAUCACGUGGCCCAACAGCAGCGACAUCAUCUAUGCCAAGGUCUGGCCGGAUCUUCCCAAUGUGGAGGUGAACGACUCCCUGGACUGGGACACCCAGGUGGAGCUGUACCGCGCUCACGCCGCAGUUCCCGAUUUCUUCCGCCCUUCCACCUGGGCCUGGUGGAACCAGGAGGUCACUGAGCUCUAUGACAACCCCCGGGACCCCGCCCAGAGCAUCAAGUUCGACGGGAUCUGGAUCGACAUGAAUGAACCUUCCAGCUUCGUGAGAGGCGCCGUGGGUGGUUGUAGGAACCAAGAGCUGAACUUCCCGCCCUACAUGCCCCAGUUGGGCUCCCGAGAGGAGGGUUUGGCCUUCAAGACCAUCUGCAUGGAAGGUCAACAGGUUCUCCCGGAUGGUUCCACCGUCUCUCACUACAACGUCCACAACCUCUAUGGAUGGUCCCAAACCAAACCCACCCUCGAUGUCUUGAGGAACGUCACCAAGGAGCGAGGAAUCGUCAUCACACGUUCCACCUACCCCAGCAGUGGGAAGUGGGCGGGGCACUGGCUGGGGGACAACACAGCAGCCUGGAACCAGCUGGAUAAAUCCAUCAUUGGAAUGCUGGAAUUCAGCCUCUUCGGGAUCUCCUACACCGGAGCCGACAUCUGCGGCUUCUUCCAGGACUCGGAGUACGAGCUCUGCGCCCGCUGGAUGGAGCUCGGGGCCUUCUACCCCUUCUCCAGGAACCACAACGGCAAAGGAGCUCGGAGACAAGACCCUGUUGCCUGGGAUGAAGCCUUUAAGGACAUCUCCAGGAAAGUUCUGAACAUCAGAUACUCCCUCCUGCCCUACCUCUACACCUUGAUGUAUGAAGCCCACGCCCAUGGCUCCACCGUGGUCCGUCCUCUGCUCCAUGAGUUUGUGGAAGACAGAAAGACCUGGGAGAUUUACAGACAGUUCCUGUGGGGACCUGCCCUGCUGAUCAGCCCCGUGUUGGACAAGGGUGCCAGGACGGUGGACGCGUAUUUCCCCGACGCCCGCUGGUACGAUUACCACACGGACCAGCCCCUCGGGGCCCGGGGGCAGUUCCAGACCCUCCCCGCCCCCCUGGGCCACCUCAACCUGCACAUCCGGGGCGGGUCCGUCCUGCCCCAGCAGGGCGUGGCCAACACCACCUUCUACAGCCGCAGGAACCCGCUGGCGCUGACGGUGGCGCUGGACGCGGCCCAGGGCGCCCGGGGGCUGCUCUACUGGGACGACGGCGUCCGCACCGAUGCGUAUGAGGAGGGCGUGUACCUGCUGACGUCAUUCGUUGCCACCAGGGGUGCUCUGGAGCUGCGGGUCCUUCACGCCGGGUACCAGGACCCUGAGCAGCUGAAGGUGACCCAGGUGAAGGUGCUGGGGCUGCCCUGGGUGGCAGGACAGGUGACCGUGUGGCAGGAGGGGCAGGUGGUCCCCUCGUCCCACCUGGCCACCUACAACAGCCAGACCCAGGUCCUGAAAAUCACCCGCCUGGAGCUGGAGCUGGGCAAGAACUACAGGGUGGAGUGGUCCUGAACCCCCCCCCAUGGUCCCACCUGGUCCUGAACCCUCAUCAUGGCCCCACCUGGUCCUGACCCCCCUCCCAUGGCCCCACCUGGUCCUGAACCCCCCCACAUGGUCCUACCUGGUCCUGAGCCCCCAUCAUGGCCCCACCUGGACCUGAACAUCCCCCCAUGGCCCCACCUGGACCUCUCCCACCUUCACCAAUGGUCCUUCUCCUUCUCCCACCUCUUCCCCUCCAGAAAACUCUUGCCCUGGUCCCAGUG